AUGGGAUCGCACCGUCUCCCUUCUGCGAAGAACAAGUCCUCUGUGCGCCCGACGAAAUCUCUGGCGGUAUUCGACUUUCAACGCUCGCUCAAUGCACGUCAAUUAAAGGACUUUGGGGAACGCCAGCACACUGGACCACCUCAAAGCGCGCUGGCUUGCUGUGAAUUGGCAUCUCUGGUCGUAAAUCUACGACUGCUUGUUUUCCUUGGAAACGAAAUCGAAUCAGGAGACGCCAGGCGCCUUGAGGCCAUGGUUUGGGACCCUCCCACUUCGUCGCCGGCAAAUGGGAUGGACUCGCGGCAACACUUGGAGCUUGGUCGAAGUGGCAUUCCUCCACACCAGGGCCUUGACACGAACGGGGAUCCAGCACGUCCCGUUGGGAGUUGGGCUCAGCGUCUUCAGAUGACACGAGUUCUCGGCACUGUUACCAAGUCAGAAGACCAGGAGCAGAUUACGGAUCGGAUCAGUCAAGAUGAAUGUCCCCGUGCUGCCUCAGGCAGCCCACGCCUAGACUUGACCAGCUCAGAAGAAUUCCCGUCCCUGACUGCCCUCACAAAAGCCGAUACACUGCCACGGAGCUUCAAGAAGGCCGCUGCGGGCUAUAGGGCGUUAAGCCGCAGUGAGAUUACUUCCCCAACACCAACUUGGCCAGGGCAGCAGCAGCAUCUCCCUAGCUCGUCUGUGGAAUCUUACGACAGAACUACAUCUUCAGCACCACCCUGUGGGGAGAACGUUGGCGAGCAACUCCUCACCAUACCAGUGGAAUCAACUGCGCCUCUGCCCAUUCGUGGUCGCCCAGUUCCAAAAAUGAGCCCAGUCCCCUUCAGACUCUCGAGAAACCCAGUGCUGGACCGACGAGUAGCCUUACCAAUCACAACACCGGCUAGUCUACAGUUGUUAGAGCGCGUGUCUAGAGAGCUUCGUACUUCGGCCGGCACAUGUGGAUCGACCGUGGAGCGAGCUAGAGCAACCAGAACGCCUGAAAAUCCUACACCCAGUGCUUGGACGACAAGCAGAGGCGAAUGUGAAUCCGCUAACCGCUCGAGCAGUACCAAGAAAUCAUUCAAUGUCGACUCCCCGUCGUUCACCCCAGCGCAGCUUCAAUCAGGCUCGAAGAAGCACACUUUCUCUUCACAGACGGCCAAUGCAGCAGUGUUCACUCCGAAGGGGAGUACAAACUCUGCCACUCCCGCACUUGCUCAAGACUCCGAGAGCUCUUUCGUCACUGCCGCUGGUGUACGGGAUUUCACUCCGCAGGCCCAGAACUAUGACCUGAACACGACAUCUGCCACAAAUGGCGUGGCUUCAGAUUCCAGUGCGGGUAUCUAUGAUGCUUUCACCAUGGCAACCAUGGGCCAGGCGCUCCCUACAACACAAUACAAUCCGUAUGCAGAAGACCACACCUCCAUGGCUGGGGUGGCGACACCGUUCUAUCAGGCGCAGGGCGCAUAUGCAGCCGCCAUACAACCAUUGCAAUAUCACCUCUACGCUCCAGUGGGUCCGCACAAGGCGGACAUGCACCACCCCUAUCAGAAACAAGCCUAUGACUUCUUCCUCCCAAAUGACAUCAGGGAGGACCUUCAGAAAAAGUCUGCAGCAACUCGACAGGUCCUACCAAACUCGCAAUUACCCGACGUUUCUCAGUACCAUUCCUUGGUACCCCUAGACACUGCCAAAAGUAGCCAUACUAGUAUCUUUGGCAGCUCGGUCUGCUGGGUGUACAAGGCAACUUCCAAGAAGAAUGGGAAUGUGUACUGCCUGAGAAGACUUCAGGGCGCCCGAGUUGCCAGUAAAAAUAGCACCAAUGAACCCCUCGCUAAAUGGAAACGGAUCAGUAACGGCAAUAUCGUAACGGUUCAUGAGGUGUUCACAUCAAGGGAUUUCAACGAUACAUCUCUGAUCUUUAUCCAUAACUACCACCCCAACUCGAAGACACUGGCAGAGCAUCACAUAAGCCAGAGGCGGUUCGGACAGCAGCAGCCGCCUAUUCAAGAGAACGUUCUGUGGAGCUACAUCUCUCAGCUAUGCAAUGCAUUGAGGACCGUCCACGGCGAGGGGUUGGCAGCCCGCUGCAUUCACCCGACGAAGGUGAUCAUGACAGAGAAGAACAGGAUUCGAUUGAGCGCCUGCAUGAUACUGGACGUGCUGGAGUACGAGACUUCGCGACCGAUUGCGGAGCUCCAGCAAGAAGACCUCGUUGACCUCGGCAAGCUCAUCUUGAUUCUUGGCCUGGGCACAAUGACGAUAAGCCCCGUACAAAGUGCCCUAGAGCAAUUUCAGAGGACGAUGUACUCCCCAGAGCUCAAGGAGCUGGUCUUCUGGCUGGUUACCCCUCCGUAUCCAGAACAACCUAUCCAGAAGACAAUCACCGAGCUGACGCCUCGUAUUACACAUCACAUACUCGAUUCGUUCGAUUCAUCGCUCCAAGCAUAUGACGGAAUCAACUCAAACCUCCAUCAGGAACUCGAAAACGGCAGGAUUGCUCGGCUCAUGCUCAAGCUUGGCGUCAUCAAUGAACGCCCUGACUUUGACAAUGAGCUUAACUGGUCCGAAACCGGUGAGCGCUAUUCGCUCAAGCUUUUCCGAGACUACGUCUUCCACCAAGUUGACAGUAACGGAAACCCUGUGUUGGAUCUGGGCCAUAUGCUCUCAUGCCUGAACAAGCUCGAUGCUGGCAUUGACGAAAAGGUCUACUUGACGAGCCGUGAUCAUCAGACAUCCUUCAUCAUCUCCUACAAGGAGCUCAAGAAACAAGUAAACAACGCCUUCAAUGAAUUGCAGAAGGCAGGCCAGACAAAGUCUGCCACCUCGCGCGCCGGAUAUUGA